UAAUUCGCAAGCGAUCCUUUUUAACACUUUGCGUGUGCAACAUAAACGUGUAUAUUUCCAUGUAUAUAAAAUGGUCUAAAUGUAUCUAUUGUGAUUUUUAUCAACGUCGACCGGUCUGUUCGCAAUUGUCGUAGAUCGUAGGUGCAGCUACGAAUACGCAGUAUUUUUGUUACAACGUUACUCAUCGUUGAUAGUUAGGGAAGAUUUUCGCGAAUCGAUUAUCGCACUCAAUAACCGAAGAUAACAUACGAUAAACGAUUCUACUGAGAAUUACAAAAUAUCGCUAUUGUUCGCAAUCACAGUAAAUUGUUUGAAUCGAUCACCGAUCAUCGUCAUAGCAAUAAGCACUUAUAAAGUGUUAUAUUAUUGAACCAACCCACCUCACGAGCUUCCAAUCUUAUCUCUUCCUCUGAUAGAGUCAGCGACAGCGCGUAUUCACGUACGUCGAGAAGUAAACGAUACAUUUUUUACCUAUACGUGCAGGAAAUCCGAUAAAUAAAUACGUACGAGUAGAAAAUUCUGAUGAGUAGGAAGAUGCGCUUCAGAGCUUUCGCCCCAAGUUUCUAUUCUCAGACUCGCAGUUUAUUCAUUGAGUCGAACGUCGAAAAAGAAAGUCGAUCGAACUCAUCUAUAAUAUAAUAUAAUAUAUUAUCGUUAAACAGUCAUUUGCGCGGGAACGAUCGAUUCGUGUUUGUCCGGCAAGGGAAAGUAAACGAGUCCAUGAGACUCUAACGGCAGGAUCGUCCUCUGAUAUUCUGGUCUACGUCGAGAAGACAAGAUACAUGUCCUCCGAAGCAUUUCGGAUCGAAGAGCGGAAAGCAAUUUACAUUCAGAACGCAAAUCGUGAAAUGGUAGUGGUAGCGGUGGUCGAAGGAUCCGAUGCAGCCUGCAUUCCAAUUCGCUCUACGAAAAUAUUAUUCUCUCAUCGUUCCUUUUAUUUUCAUUAUCAGCCGGAAAAAGUUACAUUCAAUGCUCUCAGAUUUUAAGUUUCGCAGUUUCGAUCGAUUUCGCGCGAGGCGACGUCAGACGUUACACGGUUACUGGUAGGUAGGCGCGAUUCUUUCUCUGUUUUCGUAUCCUCUCGUAUUUAUGUAAAAAGAUUCAUUGGAUUUACCGGUCGACCCGGUCCGCCGGUCCACGCACACGCACACGUGUCUACGUGCAUACUUGCGUGUUUACGUCGCUUCGGUUUUCGUGUCGCCGCGUCGCGUCGCGCCCGAACUCCCGUUGAAGAGGUAUUUGAACUUUUAAUAGGUAUUCCAUAGCGCUUCUCGCGUCGUGGACCAAAACUCGUUUUCGUCCCGAAUAGGGUAGACCCACGCCCGAACGUGCAAACGCAAAUCGACUUCUUAAUUCUUGACAUCGCGCAUAGGGUACGUACUCCUUUGACACUAGGUUCACGAGGCGCAUCAUUUCAACGCAUUCCGAAUUUCAUGAGGAAAAUUACGGAAACCGUUUACUUUUUUUUUUCUAGUACUUAUACUGACUAUUAUCCAUUUAACUGACUAUGUCUAAUUUAUACCGAAAUUCUCUUUCUUCAAAGCUCUCUAAUUUUAGGGAUCUCUAUGCAGUGUAUCAGUCUUUACGGAACGCGUCAAAUUGACGCGGGUCUGUAGAGGUAGAUAUAUAAAAAGUUUCCUUAAAUACAGUAUUAAUAAAGUAUUAUUAUUGUUAAAAAGUAGUCUCGAACGCGUUCACAGGGAUCGAUUCGGCAAUUUAUCGCGUGAACGCGAUUUGCGCGGUUAGCGGUUUCGAGAUCUAUUUAAUCUGCCGGAACGCCGGUCUUGAGUCUCGUACGAAGCCGCGGCAGCGCAGGUCGUUAGCUCGAAGAACGCGAAUAAAAGCAGGACGUCGCGUCGCAUUGGGGAAAAAUGUUUACGCGUCACGGUGCUUGCUUUUGUGGAAACCGGUCGCGGUUCAAUUCCUGCUUGAAGAACGCGUCGCUUCGAACACUAUACCCAUCCAUCCGAUGCCGAUGCCCGUGAUUCAUUGUUAUUACUUUGUUAACGAGAGGAGGACGAAAAAUACGAAGGGCACGACAGAAUUUUUCAGAGAUGACAGCUCAAACCAGAAAGAAUCUUCUGCUACCAUUGCUUCUUGCCGUUUUCGUCAGCGCGACAGCUGGCCAGCAACCUGCCCGGAUAACGUGUUACUUCAGUAACUGGGCGAUCUACCGACCUGACGUUGGUAGUUACGGCGUGAACGAUAUCCCGGCCGAUCUCUGUACGCACGUGAUUUAUUCAUUCAUCGGGGUGAGCAACGUCACCUGGGAAGUGCUAGUCUUAGACCCAGAAUUAGACGUCGACAAGGGUAACUACUUGGCGUUCAACCAGCUCAGAUCCAAGUAUCCUCACCUCAAAACCUCUGUGGCCGUUGGAGGAUGGGGCGAAGGCGGCAGAAAGUACAGCGCCCUGGUCGGUGUCAAACCGAGACGGGACAGUUUCAUUAAGAGCGUAGUCGAAUUCAUGCGAAAAUACGAGUUCGACGGUUUCGAUCUCGAUUGGGAAUACCCCGGAGCCGCUGAUAGAGGUGGCAAAUUUUCGGACAAGGACAACUUCCUCUACUUCGUAGAGGAAUUGCGUCGGGCUUUCGACGCCGAGAACAAGGGAUGGGAGUUAACAAUCGCGGUACCGAUGGCCAAGUUCCGUCUCGACGAAGGAUACCACGUGCCCGAAUUAUGCAAGUACAUGGACGCUAUUCACGUUAUGGCGUACGACCUUCGCGGAAAUUGGGCUGGAUUCGCGGACGUGCAUAGCCCUCUUUACCGCCGACCGCACGAUCAGUGGGCUUACGAAAAACUGAACGUGCACGAUGGUCUUCUACUUUGGGAGGAAAAAGGGUGUCCCGCUAAGAAACUCGUCGUCGGAAUUCCGUUGUACGGACGUACGUUUACUCUCAGCCAGAGCAACAACAAUUACGAGCCGGGUACUUACAUCAACAAAGAGGCCGGUGGCGGCAAACCCGGGGAAUACACGCGGGCCAAAGGAUUUCUCUCCUAUUACGAGAUCUGUACCAGGUUGCAAGCUCCGGGCAGUAACUGGACCCAGAAGUUCGACGCAGUUGGCAAAGUUCCGUACAUGUAUCAAGGAACACAAUGGGUCGGUUACGAAAACGCGGAGAGCGUGAAAUAUAAGAUUGAUUUCAUAAAGGAAUCCAAGUACGCUGGAGCCAUGGUUUGGGCCGUCGAUAUGGACGACUUCCAGGGACUCUGCGGCGAUCGCAACCCUCUAAUGAACGUCAUCCACCGAGGACUGAACGGAUACGUUGUUCCAGACAAAGAUUUCCACACUACACCCACGCCCGACUGGGCGAAACCACCGAGUACCACCCCGUCUAAUUAUGUUCCGACUACUAAACCCACUUAUACACCCUCGACGCAAAAACCGGAAGUAACUUCGACCACGGAACAAUCGGACAAGUCCGAGCCUAGCAGUACUCAAGCACCGAUAGACGACGGCGAAGCGGACAAACUCAAUUGCGAAAAUGUCAACAAGUUCAUUCCAUCUAAGGACUGUCGUUCCUAUUACGAAUGCGUCCACGGAAUGCCGAUCAAGUUUACGUGCCCCAACAACUUGAUCUGGAACACGAGGAACAACGUAUGCGACUGGCCGCAAAAUGCCGAUCGAGUAGAGUGCAAAACUCCAUGAAGGAUGUUUUAUACAUAUGUAAAAUCAUAUACACCCAUAUCUUGUGUCUUGUGCAGCGUGCUAUGAGUGUUAUUAUAUUAUGUCCAAUAAUGUAAUAGCACUAUCUGCAAUGUGCAGUAUAAUAUCGAUGUUAUUACACUAUGGCCGGUAUUCAGAGUCGUUAUUUAUAUCUAAAAUCGUCUUAAGCACUUCCUAUCCCUGUCUAUCCCAUAUUUCCAGUCCCUGUCUUGUGCAGGAAACAGGGACUUUAGUAAAUGCUUAAGACGAUUUUAAAUAUAAAUAACGACUCUGAACUUUGAAUACCGCCCUACAUCAGUAAUGCCAAGUCUGUGACUCGCGUACGUAUCCGAUAUGGUAGGUACAAAACUUUUUCUCGACCGUAAAUGCAUUUACGAGUGGUACAUAUAUAAGUAUCUCAUUAACUUCAAAUGAUAAAAUAUGAAUUUUCAUUUGUCAUCAAUCCGUUUGUAUGAAAGUUCUACAUUUAUGAAUGUCUAUAUAUAUUUAUACGUUACGUUAGUACUAAACUAUUUGAACCUUCUUGUACACCUGCCCCUACUGUCCCGGGUCAAAAAGACCCAGUCCUUAAAAAGGUUACUGUUCGUAUAAUGAAACAAUUUAUCAUUAAAUGAAUUAAUAAAUAAACAACUUUCAUAAAAUUA